AUGGCUUUAACUAAAUUGCUUUUGAUAAGGAUGAUUAUUGGUAUUCUGAUUUCUUGUAAUGUAUUAGCUGAAGUUGUAGAGAAAGAAUCUGUUGCAGAAUCGAAAAUUUCAGAAACGAAGAAAGAAGAUAGGGAUUCUGCAGAAAGUGGACAGGAAGGUGUUGUUGGUGGAUUUGGUGGCGGUGCUGGACAUGGUCAUGCUCCUGUGUUAUUGCUUGGCGGACACGAAACCGAUUUUUAUAAAGGAGCACUGGGAGCUCUGGGAUAUGGAGCUCAGAAAGGAGGAGAAUUUGGAGAGCAGAAAGAAUAUAUAACGAUAGGUCAUCAUGGACAUAAGGGCGCAGCCGGAGGUGGUAGUUAUGGUGGAGCAGCUGGUGGUCAUUUACAGGGCUAUAGCGGCAAUCAUAAGGGAGGUGUGGUUUUAGAUACUCAUGCAUCACUAGGCGAUCUGAAAAACUAUGGGGUUCCAGGUGGGAGUGAUAAGAUAAGUGUAAUUUCAGGUGAUCAUCUUGGUGGCCAUAAAGGUGGGUUGGCUGCUGAAAGUCUUGCAGGUUUAGGUGGUCAUCUUGGAGGAAUAAGUCAUGGUAUUCAUAAAGAAGCAGGGCUUGGGGGUGGAUACGGUGGCCUAGGAGGACAUAAAGGAGGUUAUGAAUUAUUAGGUAUACAUGGUGGUGGAAAAGGUGGUUAUGGAAGUAUUGGGGCAGGUCAUUAUGGAAAAGUAGGAGGUGGACAUAUUGGUGGCUUAGGUGGAAAUAUACAUGGUGUUCAUGGUAUUGGUGGUUAUGGUGGAAAAGGACAUGCUGCCGCUUCAAUUGGAGGAAUUGAUGGUUUAGCUGGGUACGGAGGAAAGGGACACAGUGUGCACGGUCUUGCAGGCCAUGGUACGCACGGUCUCUCAGGCCAUGGUGUGCACGGUUUUGCAGGCCAUGGUGUGCACGGUCUCACAGGUCAUGGUGCGCAUGGUCUUGCUAGUCACGGUGCUCAUGGUCUUGCUAGUCAUGGUGCACAUGGUCUUGCAGGUCAUGGUGCACAUGGUCUUGCUGGUCAUGGUGCACAUGGUUUUGCUGGUCAUGGUGCACAGGGUCUUGCUAGUCAUGGUAUCUAUGGUAUUGCAGGUAUCGGUGGUAAGGGACAUGGUAUUGCAGGUAUUGGUGCUAAAGGUCUUGGUGGACAUAAAAUAGCUGGUUAUGGUGGAAAGGGUCUUGGAUUGGGUGGAUUGGGUAAAAUUGCAGGUUACGGUGGAAAGGGUCUUGGAUUGGGUGGAUUGAGUGGAUUGGGUAAAAUUGCUGGUCACGGGAAAAAGAAGAAACUUGGUGGAUUUGUUUCUCAUGGAGGUGGUCAUCACUAUGGAGGACAUAAGAAAGGUUUUUCGGGACAUAGUGCUCAUGGUGGAGGUCAUAAACAAAGCAAAGUAAAUUACGGACUAGGACAUCAAGGUGGCAAAAAACAUCAUUACGAUAAAGGUGGUGUGUAUUUUGAUAAAUACGGAAAAAAUCUUCAUGGAUUGGCAGGCGGCGGAGAAUAUAAAGGAGGUAAAUUUGGCUCGGAAAAAUUUGGCGGAACCGGUAAAACAGGCGCACUUGCUGGAGGAAAAUAUUUUAAGGAUAAGGGACACAAGAGUCGCGGUUUUAAAAAUGUAUAUCACAAAGAAGAAUACGGCGAUCAUAAAUCGUAUCAUGAUGAUUUUCAAGAUACCGAUUACAAGAAAAAGCAUCUUGGUAAGCUUGAAUAUUUUGAUCAUAACGGAGGAAAAUUCCAUAAAGCUCAUGGUGGCAAAGAAUUUCAUGACGCUAAAAAACACGGCGAUGAUUAUCACAAAUUUGGUAAAGGAGGAUACGAUACCCAUCACGGAGGCGAUUAUAAAAAAGGAGGCAAAUAUUUCGAUGCUGGAAGCGGAUAUAAACACCACGAAGGAGCUCACAAACACUUGGGUUAUGAAGGAGGAAGCAAAGGUUUCCAUAAAGGAUAUGCUGGUAAAGCUAUUGGACAUGGACAUGGUUAUAUUCCAUUUCAUCAUCAUGGUUAG